AUGAUCCAGUACAAGGGCUUCUGGUUCAAGCCGAUGAUCCUGGAGGGCGUCCUGCUCGCCAGCCGGGCGUUCACGCCCCGCGCCGACGACGUCGUCCUCGCCACCCAGCCUAAGUGUGGCACCACCUGGCUCAAGGCCCUUGCCUUCACCGUCACCACGCGGUCCUGCCACGGCCUCGGCGCCGACCACCCGCUCCUCACCUGCCACCCGCAUCACCUCGUGCCGUACAUCGAGAUCCUUGGUGCUGCCGGCGGUCAUGUAGUCGACCUCGGCGUGCUCCCAUCCCCGAGGCUCCUCGCCACGCACAUGCCCAUGUCGCUGCUCCCGCCAGAGACGCGGUCACUGGGCUGCCGGGUGGUGUACCUGUGCCGGGACCCCAAGGACACGCUCGUCUCCAGGCUGCACUUCGAGAACAAACUGGCUGCGCAGCGCGGCGGCGCCGGCCCGUCGAUGGACGACGCCUUCGGCAUGUUUUGCGAGGGGUUCUCACCCUACGGCCCCUUCUGGGACCACUGCCUCGAGUACUGGGAGGAGAGCGUGGCGAGGCCAGACACCAUCCUCUUCCUCAAGUACGAGGAGAUCAAGCUGGACCCAGCGCGGGUCGUGAGGAGGCUCGCGAGCUUCCUCGGCGUCCCGCUGACCGAGCAGGAGGAGAGCUUCGGCGUCGCGGACAAGGUGGCGAGGAUGUGCAGCUUCGAGACGCUCACCGGACUGGAGGUGAACCAGGUCGGUGGUGUCAGUCACGGGAAUAGAGUUCACUUUGAUAACUCUGUGUUCUACAGGAAAGGCGAGGUAGGGGACUGGGUGAACCACAUGAGCCGCGAGAUGGGGGAGAAGCUCGACCGCAUCGUCCAGCAGAAGCUCCAUGGUUCCGGGCUCGUGUUUUGA